AAUUUACGCUGUGAAAAGUAUUUACCUAUUUACUAAAUCAAAGUCCCUACUAAAUGAACACUAGUAGUCACAAUUAGAUAAUUGUUCGUAAUGAAGAUUAAAGAAAAAAUCUUAAUUUCACGGUAUCGUAAAUGACCGCAAAGAGUUAACAAACUUUGAAAAGCUACAAUACAUUAAUACAAAAUGAGUCUUAGAGGUCUAUCUAAAAGGGAGUUGGAGGAACUUCGAAAGAAAGAAGAAGAAGAAGCCGCUGCACAUGUAUUCAAAGAAUUUGUGGAAACUUUCCAAGAAGCUCCGAGCAGUACCAGUAAAGUUUGGGUCAAAGCAGGAACCUAUGAUGCAGGAGCUCGAAGGGAAGAUACAAGUGAAAAAGGUAAACUGUAUAAGCCUGUUUCUCGUUUGGAUGAGAAACGUGGUGGGAAUGACUCUGACAUGCUUAGGAAUCUUACGUUGAAGCAAGAAUCAGGCAAACCACGAUCCAAGCAAAAAGGCCAAGAUAAGAAGAAAAGCAACUUAGAAUUAUUUAAAGAAGAGCUAAGACAAAUACAAGAGGAACGUUCAGAACGACACAAGUACAAAAAUGUACUCAGAGACAAAGGAGCCAUUGAACAAACCUGUGAUAUGAUCCCUGAUGUGGGCUCAUAUGAUACCGGAGAUCCAAAUACAACUAAUCUGUACUUAGGAAAUCUAAACCCAAAGAUAACAGAACACCAGUUAAUGGAGAUCUUUGGUCGUUACGGGCCAUUAGCAAGUAUCAAGAUAAUGUGGCCACGUUCGGAUGAAGAGAAGGCACGGGGCCGGAACUGUGGCUUCGUGGCCUUCAUGUCUCGUAAGGAUGGUGAACGAGCCCUGCGGUGUAUUAAUGGCAAAGAGAUAAUGAAUUACGAGAUGAAGUUAGGGUGGGGCAAGGCGGUCGUGAUACCCCCGGUCCCCAUCUACAUCCCGCCGGCGCUGCAGCAGCCCUGCAAGCCGCCGCCGCCCUCCGGCCUGCCCUUCAACGCGCAGCCGCCCAGACAUCUCAUGCACAAGAUACCACGACUACGACCCGGCGAAUACAGUCCCAGUGAUCCCGAUGACAAGGAACUGUACGACAAGAUCCUGUCCCAGUCCAUAGUUAAAGUUGUGGUACCCACAGAAAGAAACAUCCUAAUGUUAAUACAUCGAAUGGUGGAGUUCGUCAUCCGCGAGGGUCCGAUGUUCGAGGCCAUCAUCAUGAACAAGGAGAUGCACAAUCCCUACUUCCGGUUCUUGUUCGAGAACCAAUCGCCGGCCCACGUUUACUAUCGGUGGAAGCUGUACUCCAUGCUGCAGGGAGACUCGCCUAAACAGUGGAGGCUGGACGACUUCAGAAUGUUUAAAGGUGGUUCAGUCUGGCGGCCGCCGGUGAUGAACAUGUACACGGCGGGCAUGCCCGACGAGCUGGUGGAGGAGGAGGACGCCAAGGACUCCAUGAGAGGAACGCUCUCCGUCAACCAGCGCGACCGGCUGGAGGAGCUGAUCCGCUCGCUGUCCCCGACGCGCGGCAGCGUGGGCGCGGCCAUGGCGUGGUGCCUGGAGCACGCGGAGGCGGCGGGCGAGGUGGCGCAGUGCGUGUGCGAGGCGCUGGGCGGCGCCGACACCGCGCCGCACCGCCGCGUGGCGCGCCUCUACCUGCUCUCCGACAUCCUGCACAACGCCGGCGCCAAGCUCACCAACGCCAGCGCCUACCGCGCCGCAUUCCAGCAGCGGCUGGCUGAGAUCAUGCGCAACUGCCAGCAGGCCUGGGCCCGCAUGCCGUCCCGCCUGCAGCAGGAGGGCUUCCGGGCCCGGGUCACGCGCAUCCUGCAGGCCUGGGCCGACUGGGCAGUCUAUCCCACUGACUUCCUACUACAUAUUAACAACAUCUUCCUGGGACAAGAUAAGGAGCGUCGUCCCUCGACCGAGGCGGGUGUGGGCGGCGCCGGCGCGGUGGAGGAGGCGGUGUCCCCGCGCUCCGACGCGUCCUCCUCGUCGUGGGAGGGCGGCGCCCGGGGCCCGCUGGACGGCGCCGCCCUGCGCCGCCUCGCCGCCGGCCGGGAGCCGCACGCGCCCGCACUGCCGCCGCCGGACAUCGACGGCGUGCCCGUGGAUGAGGAUAUUGACGGCGUGCCGCUGGAGCCAGACAGCGAGGAGGGCGCGGGGCCGGGCGGGUUCGUGCCGUCCCGCUGGGAGAGCGUGGAGCCCGCCGCGCCGCACACCCCGCCCCCGCCCGCGCUGGACGAGCGCGCCGCCCCGCCCCCCGCGCCCGCGCCCGCACCCGACACGUCGGAGGAGCAGACGCUGAAGCGCGAGACGCUGCGCGAGAUCGAGGUGCGCGUGCUGAAGUACGCCGACGAGCUGGAGGGCGGAGCCCGCGCGCCGCGCCCCGGCCUCGCGCCCGCGCAGCAGAUACAGCACUACCGACGGAAACUCAUCAAGAAGGCGCUGCGCGAGGUGCGGGAGGCGAGUGCUAGAGAGUCGCCCGAACAGAGACGAGUCACUGAGGAUGACGCGUACUCAACUUCAUCUAAGAAAUCAAAGAAGUCAAGAGAGCCGACGUUAUCGCCGCCGCCGAAACGGUCGCGUCACAGUGAUCGCCGUUCUCGAUCCAGGUCUAAGUCUCGCGAGAAGGACAGAGAUCGAGAGAGGAGUCGCGACCACGAGAGAGAGCGAGACAGGGAUAGGCGACGUCGUUCGCCGGCCACGCCCCCCUCGCACCGCAAGCAUCACACCAAACACGCCAAGUACAAGUACUGACAGUCGGUCUAGCAACACCACGCCACUUGGUGUGACCAACGGAUGGACUAUUGAUAACUUAUCCUGUGCUACUGCAAACAUUUUCAUUGCAUAUUUUUAUACAGAUUGACUGGUUGAAUACUUUACAUACUCAAGGACGUGGUAAUUCAUGGUCACAUGUAACGUUUAGAAAUAUAAAAUUAAAAAAGUACAAAUGAACUACAGAGAAAACCUUCAUUAAACUAAUUUGCUAAAACUUGAAAUUUGUGGACACCGUAUCAAAUAUCGUUUGCGAAAAGACCGGCGCCCGCGCGUGUUUUGUUUCGUCACUGAAUGGAUGUGCCGCAGGGCGGGGGUGAGCGCGAGGGUGAAGCGCCGCCCGGGGGGUGAGAGCAGGGUUGCAUCCAAUCAGCGCGCCGCGUUCAAACGAUACCGAGAUCAUCGACCGGUGUAAACAAACCAGUACAUAGGUACCUACCUACCUUGCCGCAUGACCGGCUAAUUCUGUACUUCGCGCGAGUGACCACGCUUAUUGUUUCCAGUAGAUAAUUAAAGAUAAAUUAGGCAAAUGUUAGGCACCUAUUUUUUUUUUGCUUAAUUAGAACGAGAGUCAAGAGUCGAGCACUCAAUAUCAAUAUGUGAAGUGUUCAACCAUUCAGCCUGUAUAAAGGAAAUUAGGGUGAAACAGAUGAUUGGUAAACUGUUCCGUGAGUAAAAAGGGGUAUGAAUGAAUAGAAUGCCGUUGCAAUUUAUUUACAUGGAUUUAUAUAUGGAUAAAGUGAUCAGUGAUCGAGUUAUAGGGAAAACUAAUUCAACAUUAACAUGUUUAUACUAGAAUCAUAAAUAAACGCAAUGAUGCGAGUUUUAAUUUAAAAAAAAACGAAGCUUCAAACAUGAUCUUUAAUGGAAAAAAAUACACUUUCACACUAGGCAUAGCAAUAGUACUAGCAAGUAACAAAGACAUUCGAUAUUAUCAUUACUAUAUUGCAUGGUUUUGGUGACUAGUGUACCCGAGAUAAAUAUAGAAUUAUGUUCGUUCGUCGUGAGCGCCUGGGGAUGCUCCCAUAUCGUCCUCAGCUUUUGAACGUUCCAUCGCGUUUGACAUGUAAAUAUUAGAUCGUAAUAAGAAUGAUUAAAUGUAUGAUUGAAGA